GUCCCAGCCUCUUAUGCAUGCAGGUUACUUGCGCCUGUAGAGUAAUACCGGUGUACAGUCUAUUUUAAUAGUAAAUCCACGUAUAAACAGAGAGAAAGGAAAGUGGGUGGUGUAGCGAUAAAUGCUGCAUUAUUUGCACACGUUUUUGGUUGGAAAAUGGCCCUGGAUUUUAUCAGUACACCUGACACCAGGUUCCUCGCAGACAAUCUCCUGUCGUCGGAAGACUGGGGGGAUGACUUCUCUCAUUUCCAUGACAACGGUCUUGGCAGCGGCUUUCCGGAUGCUGACGAGCUUGUUCGUGAUUUCACGACAUACGAGUCGGACCCGACUGGCAGCGACAGCACCGGUCAUGGCAUGCUGGAUGACACCACUUUCUCCGAUUAUCCAUGGAUCAAAGGAGAACAGCAAAGUUUAUGCACCAUUGAAGGUAUUGCCAUCAAGUCGGAGCCUCUGUCUCCGCCCCCGUCCUCCUCAUCCUCCGAUGCCUCCGGGGAUUCUUUCCCUCCUGUUAAGAAUUUCCCCAACCCCCUCCUCCAAGUCAAGCUGGAGUCCCCGCCCCUGACCCCACCCCGAGACAAUGCCGACGUCCAGCAUUUCCCACUGGCUAAUGGGGCGAUCAAAACAACGACGGUGCCCCGCAUUGCUCCCAAGAACCCAGCCAAGUCGACCGUCCCCCCGAUCGCACCCAAGGGGCCCCAUCAACAGCAGACAGGAAAGCCGUCCGCGACCAAGCCGAUACCUGUUGGCCAGCCGAUCGUGCUGACCCAGGCCGACGUUGCCCGGUUGACUGCCCAGGGUGUGAUCAAGUGCCAGCCGCCACCGGCCAAGCAGGCCAAAGUGGCCUCCGACCACACGGUGGCCAGCAGCAUUCCCGUAGCCACCAAGCCGGCCAACAAUCAGCAGCCGCCGGCCAAUGUCGAUCUUCGAGCAUGGAAGAGGCAACAGAGAAUGAUCAAAAACAGGGAGUCGGCGUGUUUAUCCAGGAAAAAGAAAAAAGAGUACUUACAAGGUCUGGAGGGAAGGAUGGAAUCCAUCGAUCAGGAGAACGUCAGAUUACGGGAGGAGAAUGGCUUGCUGAGGAAGAGAGUGGAGGAACUGACCAAUGAGAACAAUCGACUCAGGAAAACGCAGUCAUUACUACCGUCCUCGAACAAGACGACCACCUGUCUCUUAGCCGUCAUGCUGCUCCUGGGAUUCAACCUGGCGCCAUUCAGUAUUUUCAGCUCACAAGGAGACGAUUAUUCAACAUCACGCCACGGGGGGCGAGCACUGUUGGGCUACACAGAAACCCCCCCGUCACUCAGCCAAUCACAGGGCAGCGAUCUGCGGCAGCACACAGCCUACAGCCGCAUCGAGGCAGCAAUGCAUAACGUAACGGACGAGAACGGCGCCCCCCAAAAUCCGCUUAGCCGGAAGGAGCUGAUGGUCAUCCGGGACAUGGCAGACUACAUGCUGUCCAAGGAGCAGCCGUCUUGCCCCCAGUUCAACGUGACUGAAUCGCACAGACUUGCUGAUGUCUUGAUGGGCUGGGCCCAGAAACACCAGGACGAACAGAGGAAACACAACCAGGAACAGCAAAUCAAGGAAAAGAAGAGGAAAAUACCUAAGAAGAAGCCAGCCAAGCGGAGCCUGUUCAGGUGGAGGAACCCCCAGCCGUUGUUUGUGGACCCAGAUGAGACGGGCCUGCAAGUUUACGACAGCCUCUUCCAGCGCACGUACGCUAAUCUCUUGGAUUCGCUGGAGAGGCGGGAGGAUACCUUCUAUGUUGUGUCUUUCAGGAGGGAUCACACGCUGUUGCCUGCCACAGCCCACAACAACACCCAGAGGCCAAGGAUGUCCCUGGUCAUGCCCUCUGUAGGCGUCAAUGAAUCCUCCUUGAACCAACCCAAGGACCGCAUUUCCAUGAUGCAGAUUGACUGUGAGGUCAUGAACACCAAGAUGGUGUACCUGAAGGAGAGCCACAUCCCCAGCACCCAGAACACGACUGUCACCAACCACACAGGGACAAAACCCACGACCCACGGUGGAGCACAGAGGAUGACGGCACCCACGUCGGACAGCACAACAAAAUUUCACCAUCCAAAGAACCUUUCAGCAAGGGUGCCUCUCUCCUGAACCCGAGUACGCUUACCAAAAAGAAAUAGUGGUGCAAUAUUUGAAGAGGUGGAAACAACGGGUGAUAAUGCUAAGAGACACAAACAGACAGGCACACACGUGCAGUGAUACACAGCCUGAUAAGUACCGUCAUUCAGAAAUGCUCGUAUAAAGUGAUCAAUGCGGAACAGGUACUUUCUUUGUUGGAAUCUCUGGAAAUGAAACAAGUUGGGUACCAAGACUGGCUCUUUGUCUCAGCAAAGAGGUGUUCCAAUUACAGAUGGAACGUUCAAGCCCAACAUCUGGUGGGAAGCGUUGGUCAACUUUUGUCAGAAGCGGCACUGCAAGUGUCAAUUUUACACCGACUUUACUUAAGCAUUCCUCACAACCACACAUGCAUCUCAGUAGAAUUUGUGUAAAUUUUUCACCGGCUUUAUUUUCAUUUCCUCACAAUCAUACAUGAAUCUCAGUAGAAUUCAGGUUUGUAAAUAUGGCAAUCUGUUGUUAAGAGUCCCAUCAAUUCAUAGACAUAGACUAGAGCAGCCGGCGUCACUUUGGCCUGGUUGGCAACCUCGAUGCUACUUAGACGUGAUCGAAACUUUCCAAACCUUGACUAUUUUUGUAUUGAUAUAAUGUACUUGAUGCCAGACAGUGCCUUCACAAAAGGGUGGCAUUCUGGUAUGUAGUGAAAAGACAGUGCCCACCAAACAGUAUGCAGUAAUGUUGGCCACGAACAAACUAAUUUAUGUUCCAAGUAUUUCGCUCUAAUAAUACUACUUCAGCUUCGGAAUUUUUUUCUGGAAUAUGAGACGACUUCGAGAAUGAGACCUUAUUACCGUGCUGAAUACUGUUAGGUUUGAACGACAAACUCUUCCAAAUCUGAACUUGCUGUAUAUUCUCUUUGCCAUGCCUGAUGUAUCCCAUAAUACUGAGUUGGUUAGGAAAAAUGUGUGCUAAGCAAAUCGCAUUGUGGCUCGUAGCCUAUUACCACUUAGCAAACAUCUGUGCUUAGGAGACUUCUGUGCGGUUCAGCUCCAGAAAGAUUGUGCACAGAGAGUUCCUCUUAUUUGAAAUUGGAGUGGUAAAAAAUGUGCAGCGAAAUCAUUUUGUGGAGGGCGAAAAAUUGGUAAGUUGCAGGUACACACCCAAGAGACCAAAGCUUACAAAGCCUCAAGUCAAGUCUCUCUGGCCUUGGGACACGCCAUAAAUGCGUAUAAAGCACCAUUUCUCAACCUCCUGACAUCACUCUGCAUACCUCACAAUUCCACACAUGAACUCAGAGGCAUGAACCUUCACGCCACAACAUGCCUGAAGUUGUCACAAGGUCAUGCGGCAGUGAGGUGACGUCUGCACGGUGCGGUAGUGUCAAACCUCAGGCACCGUGACACCUUGGGUUUGGGCUCCUUACACCUGCGUAACCCUGUAUGCACAUGCAUUGUGAGAGCCCACAGAGAUGUCAUGGCCACAGAAGAGUUCUCAUAUUUAUGCUACAAGUCACCAAGCAUGGACAGUCAUUUCUUCUCCCGUAAUCGAGAAAACGCGGUCAAAAUAUUCAUAAUCUCUUGAACUGUGAACAUUUUUUCAAACUGGCUUUUUGACGAUGGUUUCUUUGACUGUUCCUCUUGCUACGGGUAACCCUAAACACAAAACGCCUCUCCAAAUUUUUGUCCAGAAAGGGGUAACCUGGGGUAGACCCAGGUUGAUCCACACAAGGUUCACACAAUCUAGGUUAUGCGGACCUCCUGCGGUCGUGACUCCACCCUUGGUAAAGGUGGACACAGAUGAAGAAAACCCUCUCCUUUUGAGGCCUGGACACCUUGUGUUUUGUCAAAGAAUUCGGCUCUGAAGAACUUGCAAAGUUCAGGUUAAACUAGUCAUUGUUUUCACCGCUGAUGGGAGUUAUUCGUUGUAUAUAUUUUGUGGCGACAUAACUGGAAAUUUCUCGUUGUAGAUUUGUUCCACAUUUUUCUGUUCAAGCAUUAUAAAACUUUUGUAGUUUUAGUAUUUUUUUUACUCAUUUCAUUUUUCUUUGGAAUAUCAACUCAGAUAUUUUUAAGCACAAGACACAGUAUAUCUUUCCUGUUUUUCUUAAGUACCAUAGGUGCAGACUUAGAUAAUGGGUGAAAUGCCCCCCGUCAUUGGUCAAAAUUAACCAUGAAAUCGAUGCCCACUGAUGAGAAAUUUAAGAAUGAUGCAUCUCAUUUUGGGGCAAGUAAGUAGGAAGAAUUUAACAGAAAAAGUGGUAUUCAGGGUUGUAAAGGGUUGAACAAACAAGUUGCUGAGUACUAAACCGACUGACAAAUUUUAUGUGCCUUUUGCGUAAAAAUGUUAUGUCCUGAUUUUUAAAACGAAAGUCGUGAUUACAAAACUUACAGUGAAGAAGUUGACACUUCUCUGUUUUACUUUCAUCACAGGUAUUUGUAGUUAUAUACUCAGCUGAGUAAAUGUGAAUUAAUUCAAAAAGUGAUCAACUAAUUGCUUUUGCGGCUUUGCUUUAAAAUUUGAAAAGUGACACAAAUUACUUGUCAGAAAUCUUGCCUUGGCUGCUUUUUUCUUAUCAUAAAAAUUAUGAUUUGGAUCAAAAUACUUUGAUUUUGAUCUAGUCCUGAAAAUGUCACUUUCUUUUCCGGCAUAACGAUUGUUCAAACCAGACAAUCAGUUUGAUUUAUUGUAUAAACUUUUUUAACAGCCCUGCGUACUGAUGACGUAUUAGUGUGUUUACCGCAGUGCAUUGUGGGAUAGAAUGGGGGUCAGCAGUGUUUACCCUGUUAUUGUGAGCAUAAUGAGCACGAUUAUCUCCGUUUCCACAAGGCAAUCUUCAAGGACAUUGUUCUAACCAAGUGGGAAUGGUAAGGGUGCGCCGUCACUUUCAUGUAAACGUGUACUCUUGCUGUUUCUCCCAUACAUGAUGGCAUAUGAUGACCCCAUCCUAUCCCACCAUGCAUUGCAGUAAUCACAGGAUGUCAUCAGUACGGAUGGACGUUGUUUGGUUUUUGUAUUUUAGUGACCUUUUCUCUGCAAGUGCAAGUAUGCGUUAGUUUCGUUUGCACGUCUCGUAGUGAAUACUUAAAAGAUGCAGUCUUUUAUUUCAGAAGUUCAGCUUUUGCAAAAAGGAAUCAUUUAGUUUGCAGUUGUACGUCUUGCUGAAACUUCUUUGGGAAUUUGUGUAAAAAUGAGGGAUUUUACAUUGCUUUUUCCCAUUCCAGAGGUAUUUUACACAGUAAAAUUCUACUGCGACAAAUAAAUGGCACACUUGUCAAA